CUUCAUUACUGACUGUUGAGAAACAAUUAAGCUUCAAUUCAGCAGAUUUGACACAGGGUUCCUACGAGGUUUGGAUAAGCAGGAAAGGUAUUAAGUCAAACUGAAAUAAUUGGAAAUAAUAAUAAUUCGUCAGCCAAUCAGAGUGAGGGGCGGAAACAAAAGAGUCUGUUGUCGCGUGAGACGACGGACGCAACACGCAAGUUCUCUGCCGUAACCUAAAGCUGGACGCAAGAAAAGUGCACACACAUCCAAACCAUCAUCAUAUCCCGGAGUGGCAGCCGGUGUCUCACCUUUCUGCUACAAAUUGUGUUACCUUUCACCCUAAUUGUUGCAAAUAAAAGAAGAGUGGUAUCCAGUUAAGGCCUCCGUUGAUGAUGUCUCUCCCUUUCAAGUGGGGAAAUUGUGCACGAAAAGACAUAACUUGACAGAUCUGGUCCUGUGGGUCUCAGUAUCAGACGAUGAUCACAGUUCACACCUACAGUGAAGCCCCGCCCACAACAAUUCACCUAUAAAUACUGGAGAAUAUUCACAUCAUCCUACAAGAGAAGAACAAACUCCAGGUGCAGCAGCUGAAAUCUGUCUGACUGUUAAAGAUGGAGUUUAUUAAAGAGGAGAUUGAAGACAUGAGUGAUCCAGAACCAUCCAGAAUAAAACAUGAAGAUACUGAGGAACAAACAGACUGGAUUGAAGUAAAACAGCAAAGAGUGAAGCUGAAUGAAGAGGAGUGUUGUAAAAUCAAAACUUCAAGAAAAAAAGCCAAACAGCUGCGCACCUGCUCACAGUGUGGAAAGAGUUUCAGAGACAAUGGAAACCUUAAUGUGCACAUGAGAGUCCACACUGGAGAGAAACCGUACACAUGCCCUCAGUGUGGAAAGAGUUUCAAAGAUGCAUCAGGUCUCAGUUAUCAUCUGCUCAUUCACUCUGGAGAAAAGCCAUUUAGCUGUGAUCAGUGUGGUAAAAAAUUUCAUGCACCAUCAAAUCUAAAACAACACAUGAAAGUUCAUUCAGAUGAGAAGCCUCAUGUGUGUUCUUACUGUGGAAAGAGUUUUUUACGGCUGACUCACUGUAAACAGCACCAGAAAACACACAAUGAAGUGAGAGAUCAUGUGUGUUGUGAGUGUGGGAAGAGCUUUACUAGAGCUUCCCAUCUGAAACAGCACCAAAGGAUUCAUACUGGAGAAAAACCUUACAAGUGCUCAUACUGUGACAAGAGUUUCAUUCAGUCUCAAGAGCUAAAAAAGCAUGAGCGAGUUCAUACUGGAGAGAAGCCGUACCGCUGUACUCAGUGUGGAAAGAGUUUCACUCAAUCAUCAAACCUUCUCACUCAUAUGAGAAAAUAUUGCAAGUGAGCAACAUUCAUUUUCAUGUCAAAUACAUUCAAGUAGAUUGUGUGAGAUAAAAUAUAGAGUUUGUCUUAAAGAAACAGUAUAUCAUGAGGGGGUGAAACUUGACAGACUUAAGAGUGAAACUUCAGUCAACUCUUAGUGUGAGUAAAAUGUUUUUGCAUAAUCACAUUUGGGUGCUAAGUAGGUCUUGCUUAAAAUAGAUAUAUUCAUGUCAUUUACAAUUUGUCAAGUGUAGAAUGUAUAAGAAAUAAAACGGAAACAUAUUGCUGAGUCUGGGAGGAGCUUUAUUGAUUUCUACAUAGUGAUCUAUGUCUGUGAGAAUAUAAAGAAAGACUAAUGCUGAGUAUUUCUAUUUUUAAACUAAUUGAAAUGUCUUGCAAUGCUGUUUGAUUUGCUGUCGACCAAUGAAAUUAAGAAUGAAAUGCUAGUAGAGUAACUGAUUCAUAUGUAUGAUGAUAGUGUAUUUGCUCUGUAACUGUACAGAAAUGUGAUUUAAUAUGUGGCCCCUUUAAGAAGGAAAGUUUAGUAUUUCAGUACUAAUGUAAUGAAGCCCAUUAUGUGUCCAGGUUUAUUAUUAAUUAGAAUGUAAUAAGUUGGCAGAGAGUGUUGCACCCAAUUGACAGCGAUAAAACCCUUUGAUAUAAGAUUUUUAUUUGUAACUUAUAAGGUUGCUCAUUAAAUGUAAACACACAUUAUU